UCACCCUUUCGAACUUGAAACCAGUCUCCCAGCUUUUCAUUGAUUACGCGCGUAGUCGUUACCUGAAAGGCUGUCUAGCUGACGUUUUUAAAAACCGUUUUCGUUCAUGUGUCCUUUUGGUAAAAGCGCAUGAAAAUACAUGAUAAGUUCUACCUGUUUGGCACGUUCAUCUGCAUUUCGAUGCCCACCUGCCGAGCAAGAGCUGCACCGAUGUUUCGACAUCAGAAAUGAUCGACCUGUACCACUUGGUUUCAUGCCGUGUGUGGUGUUGCCUCAGAAAGGACUAGUCUUCAGCACCAAUCCACUGAGGAACUACAAUGCGCAUUUCCUUUUAGCAAGCAACAGCGUGCUGUCUUAUCGGUCGCUGUGCGUCAGCUGAGAGCAAGGAACGGCAUGACCUUUGAUGCUUCAUUGUGAACAGCGCGCGAAAGCUUCGUGUAUGUCGCCUUAGUAGCUUUCCAGGCUUAAGUCGCUCGCCUUUUCCGAACUAACAUUGGGCUGCAUAUUAAAAAAAAAAAAGGAAACAUUUGUGUUGCGAAGAAAGCUGACGGCGCAGAACCAACAUCAACUUCUCAUGUCGAGCAACCCGAGCCCAGCCCACCAGCGGUUCUCGGGGGACUACGACGCCUUCUAUGAUCCGGACUUUACAGCGGAAAUUAGUAACAAGAUGCGCGUCCCACAUCACAUUAGUGUCAUCAACCGGGACGACUACGAGAAUGACAUCGACGCGCUGCUCGGCAGGGACAAGAUCAAUGAGCAGACACUGGCCAUGCAUGUGCCCGACCGGAUCCUUGUGCGAGGGGGCAACCAGCACAUCGUGGGCAGAGACGAACUGCCAGAGAUGCGGCUCGAGAAGUCAAUGGAGCCACAGCCAGAGCCCAUUCUGCUGUCAACACCGCCACGCACCCUGACCCUCGAUAUGCACGCCUACCCAGCUGUUGACGCAGAGGAUGAGGCAGGGGACAACGCCAAGUCCACGCUCAGGGUUCGCCGCAAAACGACCCUGAGCAAGCUGCACAAUGGCGACAUCAGUCUCUUCAACAGCAGUGGGUUGGUGCCAACGACCCCACCGGGCCCGCUGUGCAUGGAAGAUGAGGUGUCGAUGUUGAAGAAGCAGAUUCGCAGCGUGAGCCGGCGUCUCAUCAUCGUCGAGCAGGAGAACCAGCAGCGACAUCAGCGUGAGAUUGUCCUCUACUCGGUCGGCGUUAUCUACUUCCUCCUCAAGGGACUCAUGUGGCUGGGUCGGCAUUGGUGAAGAAUGUAUAUCGGCCAUGACUGACAGCAUGGAGCUGUGCACCUAGCGCCGGCUCUCCAGUGCAAAACACAAAAAAAAAUUCAUUUGAGUUGAGACCAGUGGCGAAAUCUUCGAGCAAGACGGUAGCUUGAGGCGUACUCCUGCACAGCACGAGAAAUUAGCAGCUGCCAACUUCCAUGUGGAACUUUCUAAGGAAAGUGUAAAGCCGUGUUGCCCUUCACCAACUUCUACCCCAAGGUGGUGUGAAAAUUUUAGCUGCUGUGGAUGGCACACCACAUUCUCUAGAUGAAAAGUUUGCCAAGCAAUGAAAUUCUAAUAUACACUUCUGCACGAGCAUAAGAAGUGAGAAACCGGCUUCGUGCGCCGUUGGAUGUCUUGCUUUGAAUGUUAGCUCUGUUGGUUACUGCCCUGCCGGGGCCCUUUUGCUGGUACGUGCUAUCCUUUUGUUCUCGUUACACACCAUGUUUCUAGCAGGAAAGAUGUUAGUGUGACUUCAGAGACCGAAAGUAGCAGUGGCAUGUUACCUAGUCAGUUUCCGUUAUUUGCCGUUUGUUUUGUUGCACUUCCCUUCGGACUCUUGAUUGCACGCCUAAUGCAUUGAUUUGACACAUUUUGAUUUAAAGCGGGCAAGAAAGAAAAAAAUAUUACCAUGGUCUUUUUAUUGUUUUGUUAUUUACUCUGUUAAAAGCUUCUUUUACUUGUUAGUAGGCUAUGUGCUCAGUACUUUUGGUCUUGCUGUUAUUUGCUGGCCGGUACAGGUCAGCAUGACAGCUGCGCGUGUUGAGCAGUAUUUUCUGUUUAGUCAUACAUUUGUCGCUCUUGUUGAAAUUCCUUAAAACGGUGCUCAAGGAAUGGGGAAGGGGGGAGCCAGUCAAUAAACAUUUUAUGGCUUUCGUUUUACGUGCAUUCUGCACAAUCCAGUGGUCAGGCUUGGCAGCAGUGCAUGACAGUUGCCCUACAAGCCAGACGUUCAGGUACCUGUAUAGCUUUGCCAUGCCACUAGCUGUGCUAUACAUUGUGAGGUCUGGCUGGCACAAUGGUAUCCUUGUAUAUAACACACAUUUAACUGUUUCCCAUCAAAUAGCUUGGCAAGCACUAUGGUAUGCAAUAGAGUGUUUACACCAUGAGUGAAACACAAUUGUUUGUGUUUUUUAGCCUCCUUUGCGUAUUGGAUGUCUUGCAACAUGCUAGUGGUACGCCACUCCAUCAAGCACAAAAUUUUUGUCUGUAGAAGGAACCGCACAUUUCACAGCCUUUGUCUGAGCAAAUUUACUAAGCUGUGCGCCUCUAGUGAGCAUGAACAAAGCUCAUCAUUUUGAUUUUGAAUAAGGAGCCAGUUUCUGAUUUUUAACUGGCCAUAAUGCAAUGUAUUGAACAGUCAGCUGAUUAUCCAUGAAUCUAUAGUGUAGAAAUUGUCUAGGAGGUGCACAGAAUGGUUUGUUAAAAAUCACUUUGUUUCAAGCCUAUGACUCACCCUUGUGUGGUAUUGCUCAGGGUCUGUGCAUAUGUUAUCCUGUGCAUAUGUAGCUGAAAGCUGUGCUAGCUCUCUUUAAGGGAAAUGGCAGAUAGCCUUCAAAGCAAAGUGAUCUUGUAUGUGCAGUAGCUGCUUGAAUCGUUACACAAGGAGUCCGAAGCUGAAAAUGAUUGUUUUAAAAGGACAAUGGUGAAGGCAUGUUAAAACGGCACAUGAGUUGCUGACAGCUUCAUUUCAUUUUGCUGCAUGCCUGGCUUCAUUGCAGCUUUUAUGCUGCAUUGUGAUGAGCCUAUUGAUUGUGAAUGAACUCACUCAGCCUCCUUGAUUGCCGAACUAGCUUGAGCCAGUGUUGGUUGUGUGUAUGCUAUUGAAAGAUGCCGACUCUGAUUUGGUAAAACAUGUGCACUUUGCCUUUUCUUUUUUUCUGUUUGUACCCACCGCUCGCGACUUUGCAGAAACAAAACUCUGUGUCAUCGCAGCGCACCCAUGAAUUUUUGUUAGUGCAUAAUGGCUGAGUACUGUUGUACAUUACUUCCCUCCCCACACACGAAGCCUGCUGGACAGAUGCAUUUGUCUCUUGUUUAAGAAGGUGUGGUGACCAAUAAAGCUAGCGUAUUUUGCUGCACUGAA